GACAACAAAGACGUUUUACCGCAAAAAGCUAGGUUUGUGCUGGUUUGUGCAACAAAAUCCAUGAGAGAACCGCGCUUAUUUGUGAGCGCGUACGCGGUGUGACUGAAAUAGAUUGUUUAUCAAAUUGUUUGUGUGUAAAUUAUGAAGAGACGAAAUGCUGAAAUUGGCAAAAUGCGAAGACCUUUAAAACGGAAUAAAAUAACAGAAGGAUUUUACGGAAGCACACUACUGUACCUGAAAUUUCUAAUUCUAUGGGUUCUGGUAAUACUGGCAGAUUUCAUCUUGGAAUUCCGUUUUGAGUUUCUGUGGCCCUUUUAUCUCUUACUGCGUUCCGUCUACGACUCAUUCAGAUACCAAGGUCUCGCGUUUAGUGUGUUCUUCGUCUGCAUAGCCCUUACGUCAGACAUGCUCUGUUUCUUUUUCAUACCUGUGCAUUGGCUCUUUUUCGCAGCCAGCACUUAUGUCUGGGUGCAGUACGUAUGGCACACCGAUAAGGGCAUAUGCACUCCUACCAUAAUGCUCUGGCUGCUUUUCAUCUAUCUAGAAGCAGCUGUACGUCUAAGGGACGUCAAACACAUGCCUGGACACUUGGAUCUCUGUAGACCUUUUGCUGCUCAUUGCAUAGGCUAUCCGGUGGUGACGUUAGGAUUCGGUUUUAAGUCGUACAUAGGAUAUAGAAUGAGGCAACGUAAGCAACGCGACGUUGCCAAAGAGAACGAGUUUUAUCAGCAGCUAUUGCUGCAAGCGUUGCCGAUCGAUUCUGCGGUGGCUGCAGCGGCGACAGCCAUUUCCGGAAGUACGAGUAACGCCGUGAGUUCCGGUACGUCAUGUGCGGUAGAAAGUAGCGCUGUUGUGCCGGCGACUUCGCAGAAUCACAUGCGAGCAACCGCGACAAAUAGCAGCAGUAGUCGACAGUCGAAUGAAAAGAACGGGCACAUACCCAACGGUGGUGCGAUGGCUAAUGGGGGCGUCCAUCAAAACCAUACCUCUAAUCAGAAAUCGCACCAUCGAAAAUCACUUGACAAGAGCAAAGAGCACAACGAUCAUGAACAUAAACACACAGAAAGGCACGUCGAAAAGCACGUGCAGCAGAUGCAGCAAAAGCUCAAUCACGUGCACACUAAUGGUGCAGCAGUCGGAGCUGGCGCUGAUGACAUUGCUACCUCACCUGCGGAACCCGAGACGCGACAGUCUCGGCGUCGGGAGAAAAAGGAACAAGACAAGGAACGAGAGGCAGCAGAAUACCUGCAGAGGGUCGAGGCGGACUUACGUAAGGUCCGUCUUGAUCUGCAGCAGAGCAGGCAGAGCGAACAGGACCUGCGACUUCAGGUGGCGCAUUUGACGACAAACGAAAAAGUUUCUAAGGGCGAGUUGUCAGCGCUUCAACGCGAGGUAGAAGACCUGCAAAGUCGACUUCAGAGCUCUAACAGUUCACGACAAAACGACAAACAAACGAUCAGUAAUCUGGAGCGGAAGCUCGCAGAAGAACGCAGACUGAGAACCAAUAGCGAGGCUCAGCUUGCACAGGAGCGGAAGAGUAGAAAGCAAGAAGAAGCCAGAGCCGCACAGGUGGCGGCGCAACAGUCGUCUCGCGGUGAGUGCACGGAUUCAUGCAAGGCGCGCAGGCGCGACUUGGAAGCGGAACUGUCGGAGUGUCGAGCGACGCAACGAUGGUCGGAAGAACGUUUGGCAACGCUGGAACGCGAGAACGCGUCACUGGCGGAACAGUUACCCGACACGGAGCUGUUGAUGUCUGCGCUUUCGACUAUGCAAGAAAAGAAUACGCAUUUGGAGAACUCGUUAUCGGCCGAAACGCGUAUCAAGCUUGACCUUUUCAGCGCACUGGGCGAGGCAAAGCGACAGCUUGAGCUCAGGGAAAACGCGAAUCGUGCCCAGGAGCGCGAGAUUGAGGAGCUGAAGAGCAAGAUAGCACAAGUGUUGGCGGUGAUGCCAAACGACACUUUCGGGGGUGGUCCCGCUCCAUCGAGCACCAUGUCCCGCGUGCGGCUGGCCGAAAGCCCACCGUCGACCCUCGAUCCGAACGCGACCGCUUACACCCCUAAGGGGUCCCUCGUCACAUCUACUGAAGCUUGAAUUCGAUGUAAUUAAAUUAACAGAAAGAAAAAGAAUACUUUGUCGUUGAGUAAAACAACCGCGCGAUCGUGGCGUACUAUCAUCAUCAUUAUUAUUACUAUUAAUUAUUAUUAUUAUUACGUUGAAGACUGCUGCCUUCCGUCAGCUCUGCACACUUUUACACACACAAACCCAUUAUUCUGAUCGAGUUAUUAAUAAUUGUUAUUUGCCUUUUUCGCAUUAAACAAAUUCUACUGCGUUUUGGGAUUCAUAAAUUAAUGUGUUUAAUUACGUAUAAACAAUUCAAGAAAAGAAUUUGCUUGAAUAAAGCUUUUUACGAAUUGUUAAUUUUAAACGGUACUUAAUUAAAAUUAAUUGAUAAUUCUAGUUCUACUUAACUAGGAAAUUUAAUAAAACGAAAAUGCAUCACAGAAGAAAUAGUUUCCUUUAUUGUUUUAGUUGUUACUGGAAUCGAUCAGCGUUCUGGGUUGUGUUUUGUGCAGUUCUGCAGAUUUAAGGUUUCUAUUUAUUUAAGUUAGAACUGAUGUUUUUUCUGCAAGUUGUUUUUGUUCAGUUUUUUACCUGCUCUUGUUCUCCCUCAUUUUUUCGGAAUUAAAUAUAUUUUAAAAACCUGACGUAAUAUUUCAUUUCGGUAUGUUUUUUUUUGGAAAUUUCGAAUUUUGAAAAUUCAGGAAGGGGUUCACUUAUAUUAGACACAAGGACGUAGCAUGCGAUUUUCUUUUUUCUCGUUCUUGCUUUAUUUUAAUAACAAUAAUUUAGGACUUAAAUUGUGAUUUAGCAUAUAGGUUGUUAUCGUCAUUUCGUGUUAAGUUAAAACUUCUUUUUCUCCCACUGUUUCUUUAAAGUAUUAUUAAUCCAUUAAUACGUUUGAAACUGUUUUCGAUAUUACAGAAAAUAAUCGCUUUUUUUGUAUGUAGAAAAACAUCAGUCAAUAAUACAAAAUGUUUUUGAUUAAUGUUUAAUUUCAGGACGCAAUCAUAACUAUCGUGUAUGUGAUAUUUAUUUGAUUUCAUUUUCUUCGGUGUUUAUAAUUUUUUUUUUGUGGAAACAAACAAAGAAGCAAACAAAAAGGAUGUUUAAUGAUACUGUUUAUUUUUCAUUACUUUUAUGGCUCACUAUGGCUGAAACUUGAUCUCUUUAAAGUACCUUUAAUAGAAUUUUAAGUUGCACAUUUACGAAGAGGAAGAAAUAUCUUUAGGAUCUUCACAAUAAUUUAACUACUUCAGUGUACGAAGAAGAAACCUAAAAUGCACGAGUUUGUUUUAUUUUAUAAUCUUUUUUAACAAUGACUUUCUGAUUUUUCGCAUUUUCAGACAAUUAUUAAUCCUAUUAUAAACAUUGUGCUGAGGUUUCUGGUCAUUUACAGAAUGUAUAUUAUUUUUAAUCGUGUCGUUCCUUUUUGCUGCAUGAAAUCGGAGAUUUGUUUCUUUUUUUUUUUUUUAAUAUUUAUAGGAAACACUUUUAUUUUGUAAUAUUUACAAUUUGGAAUAAACGUUGUUUGGACUACAUUUGUGACCUGUACAUUGUACUUAAUGAAAGGACGUGUUAACAAAUAAGUUUUGAAACAUAUAAACAGUCUUUUAUUUUACUUUUCACUUUUCUUUUCUAUUCAAAAUUAAGCAGCCAUUAGUGGUGAGUCUUUUUCAAGGACGUCUAAAACAUGCAACUAAAUUGAAUGGCUAUUUUUGUCACUGGUAUUUCAAACCAGCUCUGAUUGUAAUUGAUAAAAGGUUUGGGUGGUCUGCCCCUUCAACCAUAAGUCUUAUAUUUUUCUGUGCAAGUUACUACUACUGAUAUGUAUGGUACUGAACAGCAAGUUCCGAAGGUUUUUAUAAAUAUUUGUAAGGUGUUUCCUUUAUAACUAUUUUUUGCUCGUAUAUCAUUGGAAAAUUGUAGAAAACAAAUCUACCCUGGGUAGAUAUACUAUGAUUACAGAAAUGGGGAACCUUAGAGGUGUAAAAUCGUAUAAUAAAAACAAUGAAAAAAUAUUUUGUUGGAAAGAGGUCUUUUUUACAUGUAAACUAGUUCAACUUCUAACUAUUGGUAAUAAAUUAGUCCUAAUCAUAGUAGCUCGCACCAAACAAUGUAAGACUUAUAGGUGAGGGGGUGCUUUACCCCUGCAUGUCCCCGGCUAUAACAGAUUUGUCUUAUUUGCAGUUAAAUGCUGAAAUUUCUAACGAGAAAAAUAAUCACUUAUUGCCUUUCACGAAGUGUUUAAUAUAUGUAUAAAAUGGUUUUAUCGCACAACAGAAGUUUUUGAUGUGGUGAAUAGUAGAACUUAGAAAAGAAAUUGAAGCAUUUAAUUGUAAAUGUAAACAAAUUUCCUAAUCUUUACUAAUUACGUGUAAUAGUGAUACAUUUUUUAUUCAACGUACAUACACAGACAUUUGUGUAUGUAAAUUUGGUAAUUUAAUUUCGAUUCCACCAAAAAAGUUAAGAUAUUUUUUAUACUAUGGUGCCCCCCACCCCCUGUUCUGAAUUUUCGGCCAUGGGCCGCAAUAAAAGACGACGUGAAAGAAGAAAGCCCAAUUUUAUAGUUAAAUGCGGUAAUUUAAUGAUGCUUUGUAAUACAUUGAAUAAUGUGAACAGGUACCAUUUGUAUCUCCGGAGAUCCCGUUUCUUGAUAUUGUCCUUUUUGUUUUAGUUCCUACUGUUUUAUUUUUGAUUUUAUUCUCGCGCUAAUAUACUUAACGUUAGACAAUUCGAGAGGAAAAUAUCACGGGGGAGAUUUGUGGUCUCCGGUGCCAUUUUUGGUACCUGUAACCAAAUAGGUAAGCGAUGGGUGUGAAAUAAAAGUUGUGUGUAAGGUCAGGUUUUUGCUCUCUAUGUGUUAUGAACCAAUCGAGUUUUGACGGAAAACGAGACAUAAUAAAAAAUAUAGUAUUCUAA